AAAAAAAAUACACAAAACGACGAAAACUAAUUUUGGUAGCAUUUGACCUAAAGGAAGAAGCCAUUAUCCGCUAUUAACUUUUCGUACGAAAAUCGAGUGGCAACAUAGAAGGCAGUUGAGAGGAUCACCAAUGGCGAAUUCUUCUUCUUCUUCGCCAAUCCCUUCCUUAAUCUUUGUGUCGCCGACGAUUCAGAUAAAGGAUAUGUCUGAACAAAAUUUAAUCGGAACUAUUCAAAUGUUCAAUGAAUUGACCGGCUCCGGCGCAAUUCCGGACGAUUGCGACACCAAGGCCUUUUAUUCCCACAUCACUAACGGUCAUGUCCGCCAGCUCCACCGUGAACGAGGCCGUCUCACCUACCUCCUUUGCGUCAAACCUGCUGUAGCGAAUGUUUAUGGGUUUUUACAUGGAGGAUUUGUUGCUACGGUUGCGGAGCUCGUAUCAAUAGCUUGUGCCAGAACUGUCGUGGGUGAGGAUAAGAAAUUAUUUAUUGGGGAACUGAGCAUUUCUUAUCUCUCUGGUGCUCCGGAAAAUGCAGAGGUUAUAGUAGAAGCUUCUGUUUUGAGGAGUGGAAGAAGUUUGAGUGUGGUGGAAGUAGAGUUUAAACUUCAAAAGACAGGUAAGUUGGUGUACACAGCUCGUUUUACCCUUUAUAACAUGCCAAUGGCAAAGCUAUAGAAAUCCUUGGUUCGUUCUACCUAAGAUCAAAAUUUGUCAGCAACCUAAAUAAAAACCCCAAUGCUUCGAGUCGAAGAAUCGUGUUGCUCAGUGUAAUGUUCAAAAGAGUAGGGAAUGUGUAUGGAUUACACACUUGAUUAUCCUUGUAUACUAUAUAUAUAUAUAUUUGCAAAUUAUAGAAAAUAGUUCAGUUUCUUGCUUCAAUAUUUUGUAUAGUCACGUUCAUGUAUGGAUUAGAUUAGAAUCUUUACUGUCAUUUUGUUUUAGUUUUUUAAUAGUUAGUAAAGUUUUCGAACAUUUUAUUUUGCUAGAUAAAAACAUACAUUGAUGUUUA